AUUGUUAACAAAAUAAUUAAUUUUGAUUAAAUAUUAUAUUUAACCAAUAAUUUUUCACAUAUUUUUUAAAUAGCUCUUAGGAUUGUAAACGUUUAUUCAAAAAAAGCUAAAAAGUUUUCUUUUCUGUAGAGAUUUACUUAACUUAAGCAUAUUUUCCAAUAAAUGAGCCGUUAGAGGCUUGAAAAUUAGGCAAAGAGCUUUUUAUUGGAAAUAGAUUAAGAAUAAGAAAUAAGUGAUAUACUUAAUAAUGAUUAAUAAAAUAUAAAUGCAACUCAAUUAAUAAACCAAAUUAAUAUAAAUUCAAGAAUGUCUUAAGCAGUAAAUAGCUUAGGUGGAUGGAAUGGAGUUUAAGAUGAAUUAAGUGAAGAAAGCAGACUUUUUUAAACUAAAAAUUAGAGAAAGUAAGUGCGUAAUAAGACUGGAAGAAACAUGAGAGCUAUCUCAGCUUAAAAUGAAAAUAGUCCUAGAGAAAAUUUGAAGUAGAUUCAAAAUUUAUAGGGAACUGAAGCAAUGGAUUUUGUUGCAAAUUUUAUGAGAAAAAAUUCUUUGUAAAUUUAGGAAAAUAAAAAAAACUUUAAAAGUAGACUGUAAAGGAGCUUCGAUAGAGAUUAGUAAUAGUAAAGGGAUAAGUUUAUAGAAAAUGGGAAUAAAGAAGUAUAAUACAGCAUGAACUACAGAUAAAAUAUGGAGGAUAUACAAUAAAAUGAUAUUAAUUCUGAAAAUGAUGAUGAAGAAGAAGAAGAUAUCCUUUAAAUGAUAGGCAAAAAGAGAUAAGCUAGAGUGAUAAAUAAAGUUAAAUAAAAACUUAAUAUACUCAACUCUCCUAAGAAUUUAGAUCAAGCUAAGUUAAAUUUGUUUGAGUAAGUUAGCCAAAGACAUACUGCAGUUUUUACUCCUUUUAAUAUAUCUAGACAUUCCCCUAUAUCUUAUUUGGUACCUCAACAGUAACAGUAAUUGAUUUAAACGCCUUAGAACUAAGCAAUUUCUCCUAAAAUGACUCAAAACAAUAACUAAAUCAAGAUAAAAAUUGAUAUGAUAUAAGAAAAAAUAUAGUAAUAUAUAGAUUAAAAUGAUAAAACAGUUGAUGCUUUUAAAAAAAUAACAGAAAUAAGAAGAAACAGUCUACUUUUAUAAAAAACUUAGUCAAAGCAGCUUCCGAUAUAGACUCAUGAAUUCAUUCCAGUUGAAUUAAUUAACAAAAACUAUCAAGAUUAUGGUAAAUUAAAAGAAAAUUCAGAGCAGCAAGUCAGAGUAAAACCAUUUAAUGAGCAGUUAAGGCAAAGAGAUAAUCUGGAAACAUAAAAGUAAAGAGAAAUUUAUAAGAAUUAUUUAGAGUAGCAAAGUUAAAUGCCUUAAAUUGAUAAUACUAGCAGCAAAGCAAAUCUUACACCAAGAGUUUCCUCCUAAAUAAAUAAAAUCCCCACUUCAAAUUAAGGAUAAAGUGGUAUUUAAAAUUAAUCCUAUUAAGGCUCUGCUUAAAACACGCCAUUAAAAUCAAAGCAAUAUAGAUUGACUCCAACAGAAACUAGAAAAUUAAUUGACCAUAUAGAGAGGUAAGGUAGAAAUUAUUUAAGUUCUUCACCAACAAAGACUAAAAGUAAUGGGAUUAAAUUUCGUAUUUCAAAGAAGUCAAGUAUAAUAGAACCUCCAACAAUUUAAGUAACUCCGAAUUACUUAAACAGUAUUUCAAAUCAUAAUGGGAUUCACACAUCGGUGCUUGAUUCUAUUAAUUUUGAAGAAGAAAAUUCUAAUUCAACCAAUAAUCUAAAAUAAAUUAUAUUAUAAAAAAUAUCUUAACAAAAUUCACCUAAUAAAAUCAUUGACUUAUCUACUAGAAGUGCACAAGGAGCUUACAAAUCUUUAAAAAAGCAAAGAAUGAUUAACAGCUAAAUAAUAAACUAAAAUUCAAAUAUCAGCUCUCUUUUCCAUAAUUCUACCUAUAAAAACUCAUCACAGAUUCUAGAUCAAAGCAAUUAUACAAAUUCAAUUUAACUGGAAAACAGCUCUGCUUUGAAUUCUAAUAAGCCAAAUGAUGUAACCAUAUCAAACAAGAGAUUUUAAAACUAAUGUAAAGUAGAAGAUUUUUUCAAUUUUAAACAGGAAGCUCAUUCAGCUCCUUUAAAAAGCAGACCGAAAAUGAAUAUACAAAAACUAAAUUAAGUAAAACAAAUGAACUUUGAGCUUGAGAAUGCUCUAUGUAAACAGUCUCCAAUUUCAUCAAUUGCUCAAACAGCUAAAUACACUGAUUAUAACCAUCAAGUAUCUUUAAAUUUUCCUUCAUAAUAAAAGAUGAAUAAAAUAGUUUCAACAGAUUCUUAGCCUUAAUUCAUGGAAUACGAAAAAACUCCUCAAAGAGUGAACUUAAAUUAUAGAAAUAACAGUAUAGAAAGAAGAAGAGCUAAAGCAAAUGUAUAAAAUAUGAAUUAAGAUUAAAGAAUAAUAGAAAUGUUUUGCAGCACACCUAUUAAUAAUAAAAUAAUAAAAGAAACAACAUCACAAAAAUCAAAGGAAAACUAACAAAUUUAAUUAAAUUAACUAUCCUAAAAUCAUAAUAGAUUAAACGAAAAAAAUAUUCAUUUACAUCCUAAAAAUCUAUUCUGA